UAUCUAAAAGGAGAACUAUUUGUUUACCAAUUUUCCUCCAAUCUUGUUUUCUCUGUUUUGGGUUUUAGCUUAUCAGUUUCACAAUGGACUCCCUUGUUGCAGCAAACACCAAAUUUUGCUUUGACCUUUUUCAAGAGAUAAGCAAACGAGAUGGUCAUAGAAACAUCUUUUUCUGCCCUCUGAACCUCUCAGCUGCCCUUGGCAUGGUCCGCCUGGGGGCUAGAAGUGAUAGUGCUCAUCAGAUCGAUAAGGUGCUCCACUUCGAUGAGUUGUCCCAGAAUGAAAGCAAUGAACCCAACCCCUGUCUGAAAAGCAGCAAACAAGAAGUGAUGGUUGACAGCCACGUGGAAGGGCAGGAAAGCACGACGGGGACUCUGAAUCCGCAGGCUGAGUCUUCAAAUGAUAAGGGUGAAGUACUCAGUUGCUACUUGGGGAAGCUCCUCCAUAAGCUGGACCGAAUCCGAACUGAUUACACCCUGAGUAUUGCCAACAGACUCUACGGAGAGCAGAGUUUUCCCAUCAGCCCGGAAUAUUUGGAUGGUGUGAUUCAAUUUUACCACACAACGAUUGAAAGUGUUGAUUUCCGAAAGGACGCUGAAAAGACCAGACAAGAGAUUAACUUCUGGGUUGAAUCUCAAUCCCGAGGUAAAAUCAAGGAGCUUUUCAGCAAGGACGAUAUCAGCGAUGCUACUGUGCUGGUGCUGGUGAACGCCGUGUACUUCAAGGCCAAAUGGGAGAACUAUUUUGACUUUAAAAAGACAGUUGAUGAACCUUUCUUUCUAAAUGAGAAUGAAAAGAAGACUGUGAAGAUGAUGAAACAAGAGGGCCUAUUUAGAAUUGGCUUCAUAGAGGAAUUGCAGGCACAGAUCCUUGAAAUGAGGUACACCAAGGGAAAACUCAGCAUGUUCGUCCUGCUGCCAUCUUCCUCCUCAGACAACUUGAGGGGUCUGGAAGAGCUUGAAAAGAAAAUGACCUAUGAAAAAAUCGUGGCCUGGACCAGCUCCAAAAAUAUGUCAGAACAAACAGUAGCUGUCUCCUUCCCCCAGUUCACCCUGGAAGACAGCUAUGUUCUCAAUUCUAUUCUACAAGACAUGGGCAUUGUGGAUAUCUUUGAUGAAAAGAAGGCUGAUCUUACAGGAAUUUCUCCCAGUCCCGAUCUGUACCUGUCAAAGGUUGUCCACAAGACCUUUCUGGAGGUAGAUGAAGACGGCACUCAAGCAGCUGCAGCCACUGGAGCUGUUGCCAAGACCCUGUCACGUCCAUCCUAUGUGCCAUUUAAUGCCAACCGCCCUUUUCUCUUUUUCAUCAGACACAACAAAACCCAAACCCUUCUCUUCUAUGGCAGGGUCUACUCUCCUUGAAAGGGGUUCAGUGUCUAAUACUUGGGAGCUGGAAAAAUAUGGCAAUACACUCUUGCCCUGGCACAACACGGGUACUUGCACUAUUGCCAAUAUUUAAAGCUGACUACAUUGCCCUCACAGCUCCAUGCUCCCUCCACCUAUCAGAGGUGUUUGUCCUCAUCUCUCCCUCAUCCUAUAGCUGCUUCUCAUACAAGUGCAUUAGUACUGAAGUGUCCUUGAGCCCUCCUAACCUCUUCGCCACCCUAAGCAUUCAAGCAUACACAUUUACCCUCUGUGACUUGAAGGCAACACAACUCAGAAUGGUAUUGAUUUUAAGUUACUUAUAUUCUUAUCAAGGAACCCUAAAAGUUCAAGUCAUUAGACCACUUCUAAGAGAUGCAAGAUCAGAAACCACUUUAAUAUGGACAGUAAGAGAAAAUAUUUAAAUGGAAUAUGUUUUGGAAACCCAGCUCUAUGUCUAUAGCAGUUGUAAUGGAGGUGAGACGCGUGUCUCUUCCCCUUACAUCUCCUCCUACUGAGUGGAAGAUGUGCUGUGAGGUACUUCUCACUUGGGAGAAAGUAGGGCUUGGGGAUGAAUUUAAGUCAUAGUUGCAGGAUUUAAGAAUGCCCUACACAGCUCUCGUUUUUCAUAGAGCAGGAAAAUGACACUUGUGAAUUUGA